AUGUCAACUCAAUCCGAAGAAGAUGAAAUAGUGUCUAUACCAGACCCUAUUCCUUACGAUCCAAAUAUUUUGGCAAUCAAUAGAACAAGAACUAAUUUCUCCUCAAGAUCUAAUCAAUCAAUGAACUCCACGAGUUCUAGCUACUUUGACCCUAAUGACAUGAGAAUGCAUCCUACUGAUGCAAUGUCUUUCUCAUCCAGGGUAGAAUCAGAUGUACUGGCUGCUCAAAGAAUUUCGAGAGUUCAAAGCACUCCAUUGUCAAUUGGCAAGAACCCUGAAUAUAGAGAUUUAGAACAAGGCUUGAAUUUAUCGGAUGCCACAGAUUCUACAGUUAUAAACUCAGAUUCUAAUAUGAAAAACGAGCAAGAAACGAAAGAUAAUACCUUAGCGAAUAAAGAAAAUGGUUCCAUUUUGACUUCUGAUUCCACAGCCCAAGAUAUUGACUUGAACGAUUUACCUCCAAUGGGGGGCGAUAGGCCUUAUCCUCCACUUUUACCACCAAAAGAAAUGUAUCAAGUCACAUAUAAUGGUCCAGAUGAUCCAUUGCACCCAUUCAAUUGGUCAAAAAAGAGAAAAUUUCUCACAUGUCUCAUUCUUUGUAUAGAUUGUAUCACAAUUUCUUGGGGUUCCUCUAUUUAUGCACCCGGUGUCACUCAGUUAUGUGAACAAUAUCAUGUUAUUCAAGUAGUAGCUAUCCUUGGUAUAACGCUAUAUGUAUUAGGUUUUGCUGCCUCGCCAAUUAUUUAUGCUCCAUUAUCAGAAUUGUAUGGUAGAAAAGGGGUGUUAGUAGUUUCUGGCUUGGGGUUUGCACUUUUCCAAUUUGCUGUAGCCACUGCUGAAAAUUUUCAAACUAUUAUGAUUUGUAGAUUCUUUGCUGGGUUCAUUGGUGCAGCUCCGAUGGCCAUUGUUCCUGCAGUUUUUGCAGAUAUGUUUGACACAGAUUUCCGUGGGAAAGCCAUUUGUCUAUUCACUUUAGGUGUCUUUGUAGGGCCAAUUUUAGGUCCAGUUAUGGGGUCUUAUAUCGUCCAGCAUACAACAUGGAGAUGGUUGAAUUACGUAGUUGGUUUUCAAGCUUGUGCUGUGUUUGUUGCAAUUGUGUUAUUUGUUGAAGAAACUCAUCAUCCAACCAUUUUAGUGAAUAAGGCAAAAUUAUUAAGAAAGAAAACCGGUAAUUGGGGAAUUAGAGCUCCACAUGAAGAUUUUGAAUUAUCAAUGGCAGAAAUUUGUGAAACUACUAUAUCAAAACCUUUAAUAAUGCUAUUCACAGAGCCUGUUCUAUUAAUCAUAACAAUUUAUAACUCUUUUGUUUAUGGGAUUUUAUAUUUGUUAUUGGAAGCUUAUCCAAUAAUUUUCGUCGAAGGUUAUGGUAUGAAAACAAAUGGUUUUUUACCAUAUUUAGCUUUAAUUGUUGGUAUAAUGAUUUGCUCUGUAAUGAUAUGGCAUGCAGAUGGGUUUUAUACUAAAAAAGUCAAGAAGGAAGGGAAAUUGAUCCCAGAAGAUCGUUUAUACCCAAUGAUAGUUGCAGGUAUUAUUUUCCCAAUUGGUAUUUUAUGGUUCUGUUGGACUGGUGCAUAUCCUGAGAAGAUCCACUGGAUUUGUCCUACUAUUGCUGGUUCUUUCAUUGGAUUUGGCUUAAUGGGUAUUUUCUUACCAUGUUUGAACUACAUUAUUGAAUCAUAUUUGUUAUUGACCGCUUCUGCAGUUGCUGCUAACACUUUUAUGAGAUCUGCUUUUGGUGCUGUCUUUCCAUUAUUUGCUGGGUACAUGUUUAAAGGUAUGGGUAUUGGCUGGGCUGGUCUUUUGAUUGGGCUGUUUGCAGCUGCUAUGAUUCCUGUUCCUUUCUUGUUUUUAAAAUAUGGUAAAACUAUUAGAAUUAAAUCAAAAUAUGCAUAUGAUGGCUAA